ACGGUGGGAUGGAGGGUGCUCGGCGGCGUGCUCAAAACACACGGAGGAUGGACUCGGGCAACAGAGGAAGUAUCUGUAGGCAUUUCAUAAAUGGCUCUUGCAGAUUUGGUCCAAGGUGUAAUUAUCGACAUGAAUGGCCAGUUAUACCAUCAACCCAAAUAUGUAGAUACUUUCAGAAAGGUGGAUGCUGGUAUGGCGAACGUUGCAAGUAUCUCCAUGUCCUUCAAACUGAGGUUGACACAGCUGCCGCAGGUAGAAGAGGAUCAGUGCCUACCGUCUCCUCCUCCAGUGUGGCUCGCGCACCACCUGACAGAAGAGGAUCGGUGCCUGCCCUUCUGCAGGCCGAGGUGAUGUCCAGGCAGGAGUGCAGCAGAUCAGAGAUGGUGGCUGAUAUCUCAGUUCCUCGACACAACACUGGGCGCCUGGCAUCAGAUCUUACAGAGGAACAGUCCCAAGAUACAGACUCUCUUCUAACAGCUUCUUUGGAAUCAGUCCAAAUCUCAGACUUUGCUCAAGCAGGUGCAUAUAAUGGAAGAAAUGAGCAGCAGACCUCCUCAGCUGAGACAACAGAGGACGGGGCUACGGCUGCGGCCUUUAGUACCCAGGGGACGGCAGAGGAAACGGAGGCCUUCCUCCAGAGUAAAAAUGUGACUUGCGGAAUCUGCAUGGACAAGGUGUAUGAAAAGGCGGAUCCAAGACACCAUGUUUUUGGAAUCUUGCCAAACUGCAAUCACUCGUUUUGUUUACAAUGCAUUAUGACCUGGAGGAAAACAAAAGACCUCGGGCGGGACGUGGUCAAGAGCUGCCCACAGUGCCGAGUGAGGUCUGCCUUUUACGUGCCGAACAAAUACUGGGUUGAAGGACAAGCAAAGGAAAGUGUAAUUGCUGCCUUCAAAGAGAAAUUCAGCAAGAAAAGCUGCAGUUACUAUGCACGAUACAGAUGCUGUCCCUUCAAAACGGAGUGCCUUUAUCGACAUGACAGACCUCCACGUCGCCGAUCAUUUACGUAUGCCACAGAAGAUGAAGACGAAGACGACUACGGUGUAGAGCUGCUUAAUUUUUUCAUAGCCAUGACCCUUUUCAGUGGUGACGACGAUGACGACGACGACGAUGAUGAUGAUGACUUCGACUUUCCUUUUUACCUAACUGAGGAGUAUAGUUUCUGAGCUUUUUGCAUUCUUUUUGUCAGUGCCUGAAACCGUGAAACCGUGCCUGAACGGGGCUUAAACUAUACAUGAACACUGGCCCCAGGAGAACACACAGCUGUGUUUUGUCCAUUCUUUCCUCCUUGUAUCAGUAUUGAGACAACUUUUGAGUAGCCGUGAUCGGGAUCGGGGAUAUCAACUGUGCACAAUGGAGUGUCAAGUGUCUUCAUUUCUUUUUUGUUUUUUAGCCAGACUACAGCAGGUAAUUGAACCAGAGAAGAACUAAUCUGUGAAAUUACCUCCUGCAGUCCUUUUGGAAACGGAAGUGUGUACACUUAGCUCUCCACAACGCAUGGUUUGUUGCCCCUGCUCUAGAUAUAAGCACCCCAGACAGAAAUUUAAGCUUUGCCCCAUCUCUAAUAAUUUAGUGUUAAAUCUGUGGUUGUCUAGUUGAGGGUUAAAGAGGUUAGGUGUUUACUUUACCCUCUCAUGGCCAUAGUGCUUUGAACGUGUUGCAGAUUGUUAAUUUUCCCCUUAACCCUCUCUUCUGAUUGAGUGCUCAUUUCAGAUUUAUCUCUCAGAAAUUUGCCCCAUUUUAAAGUUUUGUGUGGAUGGUAGUUUUAAUUGUCUGAAGAUUAAAAAGUGUACUGUAUCCCUUCUACUUAAUGGCCAUUCCUGAUGAUACCUGCCUCAAGUGGUUGUAAUGACACCCUUUUCUUGGUCUUGGCAAAAACACAAUGUUAAGAUUUUAUUUCUUUUAAACAAGUUGUACUUGUACACAGAAAAUAAAACGUUGCUUCACACUUUGUCUCACUGAAAA